AUGACCCAGAAUUUAAUGGAUCAUGGGUGCUUUGAAGCCUACUUUUUUGAGAUACAGCGUAACGCGUCACCGAUUUGUGCGCAUUGUCGUGCGACUGCGGAUACGGCGAUGCACACGCUGCUGUUUUGUCCAUCUUGGGCCACGGAGAGGAUGUCACUUUUUGAGCAGUUGGGGCUCGAUGUCCUUGACAGAACAUAUGGCUUCAUUAUCAGGGCGGCUAUGUGCUCCGCUGCGUGUUGGACGGCCCUCGCGGAUUUCUGCGAGACUGUCAUGCGCAAGAAAAAGCGGACUGAGUGGAAGCGUAGCCCUGGAGAGACAAAGGGCUCUUUUAACUGUCUGGAGUCUGACGACAAUGUGUAA